AGCAAAGUGGUCACUGGUGAGAUCAGAAGGACAUCGGAGCGGGACGGGAGGCGCACGGGCAACAUCAGGUGACCAGAGCAACCAAAGACUCGGAAAAGAGAGGAAGAAGGAGGCUGAGAGAGGGGAGGGAGAGGAGAAAGGGAGGAAGUCAGCAGCGACCUCCUACCCAACAACCUCGGAAGGAAACCCCAUAAAAUGAAUUCAGACUCCAGCCCGAGCAGCAGAGCGUCUUCCCCGGAUAUGGACGGCAUGUUUCUCCGAGAUCACCAUCCGCACCACCACCACCACCACCACCAUGUCGGUUCAUCUGUCACCUCCUCCACGCAGAGCGGCCAGAAGAUGCCCGGUGGUGAGCACCUGCGCUCUGACGCCAAGUCUGCGUCUGUAGGAAGCAGCAGCAGUAGCAGCAGCAGCAGCAACAAGUACAAACUGAAAAAGCAGGUCACGGAGGAGGAGAUGUACCAGCUGCGGCUCAAGAUUAACGGUAGAGAACGGAAACGCAUGCAUGACCUCAACCUGGCCAUGGAUGGGCUGCGCGAGGUGAUGCCCUACGCGCACGGGCCUUCCGUGCGGAAGCUGUCCAAGAUUGCCACGCUGCUCCUAGCCAGGAACUACAUCCUGAUGCUCACCAGCUCCUUGGACGAGAUGAAGCGCUUGGUGGGAGAGAUUUACGGCGGCCAACACUCCGCUUUUCACUGCGGCACCGUUGCGCAUGCAGCCGGUGCCGGUGGGCACACCGGCGGUCCCGCCGCUGCUGCAGCCGCAGCAGCAGCAGCAGCCGCUGCGCACCAGGUGCAUCCUCUCCUCGGGAGCGCACUGUCCUCCUCCCCGUCCUCCACUCUGUCCAGCGCACUUCCGGGACUCACGAGUAUCAGAGCGCCACACGCGCUGAUGAAGGGCUCUCCAGCUGCGCCCCCGGCCCUGCAGCUGGGCUCCGGCUUCCAGCACUGGGCCGGACUGCCGUGUCCCUGCACCAUCUGCCAGGUGCCUCCUCCUCCGCACAUCCCCAUCACCUCCACCGGCCUCACGAGACUCACGGCAGAGGGGAAGGACGGCAUGAAAUGAUGUCUGACACACAGCAGAGACUAAUUUUUGUAAAUAAACAAUUCAGGGCAUGUGGGUGAAUUUGGCCUCACUGUGCAUGUUGUUGUUCAGUCUGUUUUCUUGUUAAACGUUUGCGAAAAAUAACUUACUUUCCUCCUUGUAACAAGGACUCAAUACCGACUUGUGAGUCUGUCACUGGAAGGUAAAAUGUGCAACAAGCGGUUCGGAGACGGAGGUUGCAUGAACGUUUUGAUUUUAUUUCUCAUCAUGUGUCAUUUUGUGAAAACGAAGAAUGCUUUCUGUGCCUUGUACCAAGGAUUUUACACUUAAAAGACAAUUAUAAAUUUUACUAGUUUGGCAGAAAUGACUGCCACGCCAAAACUCUGGAUUAGAUUUAUUUCAAUUGCGUGACUCAUUGUUUCUCUAUGUGUGCGUAAAACGUUUUUAUUUGUCAUUCCUUGCAUGUUGCUAUAUCGACCACAGCAUGGUUAUUUUUGUUGAACUGAAGUUUCCAGAGAUCCUGUUUGUUUAUUUUUGUACAUUGCUGAUCGUUGAUAAAAAAUAUAUUU